GGCUCAUCAACAACAUCAGGAGGAUGGCGGAGGACGGUAAGGAAGAGUCGGUGGCCACUGACGACGACUCAGACCUCACAGCUGCCGAUACCAGCCUGAGCAUCACGGUGGUGGAGGAGGGCUCCACUCUGAUGCGCAGGAUGGAGAUCUGUGUUGCCGAGGCCGAGAAAAGGAGCGGGAAAAAUGCAGUCAACAUGCAGGAGACAUUCACCGUGUAUCUUGUGGAAACACGGCCCAUGGAUGCAAUCGCUGAAGGUCGUAACCUAGCCCCGGACUCUCUGUGGAGGAGAUACAGUGAAUUUGAACUUCUGAGGAACUACCUGAUCGUUACCUAUCCAUACAUCGUGGUCCCCCCGCUGCCUGAGAAGAGGGCGGAGAUUGUUUGGCACAAGCUAUCGGCAGACAACAUGGACCCAGACUUUGUGGAGCGCCGGAGGGUCGGGCUGGAGAACUUCCUGCUCCGUGUGGCCUCACAUCCGGUCCUCUGCAACGACAAGAUCCUCUACCACUUCCUCACCGAGGAACACGGCUGGAAGGAGGUGGUGUAUGAGACAGGAUUUCAGGCAAAGGCAGAUUCCAGACUGAGAGCGCUGAGUGCCACCUUCAGGGUGAGGAGUCCAGAUAAGAGAUUCUUGGAGAUGAAACACUACAGCGAUGAGCUGCAAGCUCACACAUCUCAGCUGCUCAGAGCUCGAGCGAGGGUCGCUGAUCGACUCUACGGAGUUUAUAAAGUCCACGGGAACUAUGGAAGAGUCUUCAGUGAGUGGAGCGCCAUAGAGAGAGAGAUGGGAGACGGACUGCAGAGUGCGGGUCAUCAUAUGGAUGCAUAUGCUGCUUCUAUAGAUGAUAUCUUAGAGGAGGAGGAACAUUAUGCCGACCAAAUCAAAGAGUAUCUCUUCUACGCUGAAGCUCUGAGGGCAGUGUGCAGGAAACAUGAGCUGACCCAGUUCGAGCUGGAGAUGGCGUCCCAGGACCUCGUCUCCAAGAAGCAGCAGCGUGAGGAGCUGGCUACAGGGAUUGUGCGCACGUUCUCCUUCAAAGGGAUGACCAACAAGCUCUUUGGGCAGGAGGCUCCUGAGCAGCGGGAGGCCAGACUGAAGCUGCUGGAGGAGCUGAUCAUAGAGGGGGAAGACACCGUCAAGGAGAAAACUGUUGAGUGCGAAGAGCAUGUUGAACGUGCGUGGGUGGACAUGCAGCGCUUCAAGGAGCAGAAAGACAAAGACCUGCGGGAGGCGCUCAUCAACUACGCCGUCAUGCAGAUCAGCAUGUGCAAAAAGGGAAUACAAGUGUGGAGCAACGCCAAAGACUGUUUCCUCAAGAUGUAGAAGACGCCCUAUUCACGAAGAGGACACCCGCUGGGAGAAGUAAAGCAAUUUAAAGAUUGUGUGGUUUUCACAAGGUUUCUAUACAUGCAUUAAGUUUACAUUUUGGGAAUUAAUGAGGCCGGAAAAAGCUUUUUUGUACAAUGUGAUGUGCAGGACUCACGAUUCUUCAGAGAUUGACUCUCAACCCCAAUUUUCACAUUCUCCGAGGGCGCUGCUGUCCUUCAGCGCUGCACACUACAAUGAAGCAAUACCGCGGUCCGUCUCGGGAGCGUGCCAGCAGCGCCACUACGCCCAGCUCCGUUUCAAAUACGCUGCGAGUCUCAUGUAGACCGAGCUCGCUGCAAGCACACGUCAAGCUGGACAGAAUAGAAUGACCUGAACAGAAAGUUAGGCAAUGCGCACAGAGCGUCCGGUCAAUUUCAAAAUACAACACAAUAUACGGACUCACAAUCGUCAUCCUCAGAAAUACAAAGCAACAUGUUUGCGCGUCUUGUAGUUCUCCAGUGAUGUGCGUACGGCUGCUCAUGACUCACAUUCCAGAAACUGAUCCAGUGGGGCAGGACGCACAGUGUCUGAUGGAGCAAACCGUGGUGCUGUCAGGCCGCAGCGCAGGACGGAGUAUGUGGACAUUGGGGGACAGAGUUUGGCUGUCUCAGACACAGCAAGGCUUUUCAUUAUAACCUUCAGUCAAGCUAUGAUACGAGUAAAAAUCAAACAAUAAUAAUAAUUGUUUCGAUUCAACGGCAACAGAAAUAGAAGUCCUCGUCACCCUGUGUGAGGUCGUUUCUUGUUGAUGACUGCAGUUUCAACUCCUGUACAGUCUCAAUUCUCAAACAGCGAAACAUUGCUAACAAAUUUGUGCAAUUUGAAAAGUGUUGAGGAGUUGGCGUACAAUUUUGAACCAAGUCUUUCCUCUCCAAAGAACCUUUCCUAUGAUAAAGAUGUAGUUUUUUUUCAAAGCUUCGGUCCUUCUCGAUUCUAUGAUCUUUAAAACGCCUGGUAUCGAAGUAUUGCACAUUUUGACAACCUUAUUGCUGAAUGCCAACAGAUGCUUGUUCGGCCCGUCUCUGCUCCACAACAUGAUCUGAUUCACUUUAGGUAAUUUGUCUGCUUCCACUGUCUCUGCUGCCUGUUGGUGGUGAAAGACGAGGGAGCGCGGCGAUGACACACGACGCACAUGCAUCUGGUGAAAGUUUGGGGUUAGAUGCGGCUACGGCGAGCGUUAACAGACAGGAGUGGAUUGUUUUACUAAAACAUUUAAAUCAUGAUAUAAAAAACACCAUCCAGCUGUGUCUGAUUGCGUUCAAACAUGCAGCUCCUCCUGGAGUUUUUCAGGGGUUUCCUGCAUGUGUGAAAGCUCUAUCUGAGUGGCAUUGAAUUCUUCUCCUUAGAUUAACUCUUAUAUAUUUAUGCUUUGAAUUGAUCUGUCUGGAUUGAAGAAGAUCCGGGAUUUAUUCUCCUAAUGAGCAACAAGCUGCACACAAAGACUUUAUUUGUUUUAUUGGAUUAAUUAUUAAUUUAUUGACUGAAACUUCUGCAUUUAUUAUUUAAACAACAUUUCUGUUUCUAAUGUUUGCCAGCAAUAAGCUUCGUGUUUGACCUGUGAAGUUUUUGUCCUCAUCCCUUUUUUUUAUAAUUGUAAUUUGGACGUUAUUUUUGUUGCUUUUUUUAAUUUAACGUGUUUUUUGAAUCAAUAAAUACCCAGAGAUCCUGAAGCUUAA